AAGGGAAGGACGCGAUUGGCUGCCUCGCCGGGCUGAGUUGAUAAAUGUGGCGGCGGGGCGCGGAGGACGCUCACCGGCCGGGAGAGCUGCUCGUCGGAGCCCCCGGAGAUGCGGCGCGCCAGCCGAGACUACUCCAAGUACCUGCGCGGCGCCGAAGAACUGGGCGGGGGCGGCCCCCACGAGAGCGCCCCGCCGACGCCCCCGGGCCCAGGCGGGGCGGCCCCGCAGCCCCACGCCGCGCCCGCCGCCUCCAGGACCCUCCUGGCCGCCUUGGCCGUGCUCGGGCUGGGACAGGUCGUCUGCAGCCUCGCCCUCUUCCUCUACUUCCGAGCCCAGAUGGACCCUAACAGAAUAUCAGAAGAAGAUACACACUGUUUGAGAACGUUUCUGAGGCUUCAAGGGAACAUAGAUCUGCAGGAAACAACCUUGGUGAAUCAAGAAAGACUGAUGUCUGAAUCAUGCAGAAGGAUGAAACAAGCUUUUCAAGGAGCAAUGCAAAAGGAAGUCCAGCGUAUUAUCAUUGGGAAGGACCAGUCAAGAUCAGAAAAAUCUAUAAUGGGAGCAUCCUGGUUGGAUUUACCCAAGAUAAACAAACCUGACAACCCACCAUUUGCCCAUCUUAUCAUUGAUGGCAAUAAAAUCCCAGCUGGCACUGGUAAAGUGAACCUUACCUCUUGGCAUCAUGACAAAGGCUGGGCAAACGUAGUGAAUAUGACAUUCAGUGAUGGAAAAUUAAUAGCGAAUCAUGAUGGCUUUUACUAUUUGUAUGCCAAUGUAUGCUUUAGACACCAUGAAGCAGUGGGGAAUCUAACUGGACAAACUCUGCAGUUGAUGGUGUAUGUGAGAAAAACCGAUGUCAAAAGGAAAAACCCUGUGGUCCUGAUGAAGGGAGGGAGUACAAAGAAUUGGUCGGGAGAUUCAGAAUUUCAUUUUUAUUCUGUAAAUGUCGGGGGCUUUUUCAAACUGAAAUCUGGUGAAGUAGUAAGUAUCCAGGUAUCACACCCUUCUUUACUGGAUCGGUCCCCAGAAGGAACUUACUUUGGGGCCUUUAAAGUAAGGGACAUUGAUUGAGACUAGCUUGUCAGUUUUUCAAAGGGGGAAAAUAAUGUUUAUUCAGCUGGAUUAGAAUAAACCUGAUCUGAGAGAGAUGGUUAACAGCUUGUGGGGUCCAGUUGUCCAUGAAUGAGAAUUUCUCCCAGGCAGCCUUACCCACAGCUCCCUUUACAGUCUUAGGAUUGCUCAGUUUCAAUACUUAAUUCCUGUGCUUUAUUCCCAUCUUAGUUGUGGCAGUCUGGUUUGUGGAUUGGGAUAUUGGCAGCCCGUCCAGAAUGGCAUCUAAACUUUUGGUAGUAAAAGCAUAUUAUAAUCCAAAUACAUUUUUGUGUUUAUGCUGGCCAGAAAAUAAAGGCGUCCUUCCAAACCAAGUGAGCCAUAUGUAGACGGUAUGAAAACUAAUGUGGAAUGUUAACUUGCACCUAUCAAAUCAGUGGUUCUCAACCUGUGGGUCCCCAGAUGUUUUGGCCUUCAACUCAAAUCCUAACAGCUGGGAAACUGGCUGGGAUUUCUGGGAGUUGUAGGCCAGAAUACCUGGGGAUCCACAGGUUGAGAACCACUGCAUUAAAUCAAAGGGUAUAAGUGAAGCAAAUGUAAAGCACGAUCUAAACAUAUCUACUCAGAGGUAAGGUCCACUGAGUUCAGGGAGACCUAUUUCCAAGAGUGUAUGUGUCUUGUGUUGAGUUUAAAUAUGCUAACCAAGGCUCUGUACCAGCCUCCAAGUAGGUAGACAUGCUUAGGAUUCUAGACCCAAUCCACACUAUAUUUCUUUAUGUUAUUACAACAGAAAUCCACAAUUUUGAUGGGAGAUUUUGAGGUAUACACUUUCAGAUUAUGUUUUGUGUGCAACUUUGCAACAUACCCUCAUAGCACUGUUUAAAGAAACAUUGAAUAAGCACUGGCAACCAAAAUACUGGUCAGUGUAUUGGGUCCUAGAGACUGAAUUCAAGGUGAAAUGUUAGAAUCUUUGAUUAGCAUUGCAAUUGUCAAUUGUUUUUUUUUUUACAAAUAUUUUUCAUGAUGAAAAUAUUACCCCUCCCCCUUUUUUCUGCAGGCAGAAUUGCAUUUGAUGUGUGUUAAAUUUUAUACCUAUGUACCUACAAUGAGUUUAGUUAUCUCCUCCUCAUUCCCUGGUUAAGUUGUAUACGGGACUGUAAGUUGUAGGGCUGAAUUUCUCCCUGUCUGCUUAUUGGACAUGAUGUGUCCUACUGACUACCUAAUGAAGGUGCCUUUUCUGUAAGGGGGCAAAUCCCAUCUGGAUAACUCGCCCCCUUAAUUGGGCUAAUUGACUCCAUGGCAAUGUAAUAAUACUGAUAAUGUAACACAAUGUAACACAAUUUGAAAAAAAAACUGUUCCUGGUUUUUGAAAGUAUUUCCUGUUUCAUUGUGUGGUACUUACUUAGAAAGUAGUUGUUAUACUCCAGAAAAUUGGUUUUUGUGGCUGCCACAAAGUAUGUUGAAUGGGUUGAGAGUCUAUCAAGAUAAUCAUUGAAAAACGAUAGCAAAAUGUGUUGCAGGAUGUCCCACAAAAACAAAGUUUUUACAAUUUAAUACAUUUUCCCCAUGUUUUUAUGAUAGACCUCAGGAAAAAAGUUGUGUUACAAAGUGUAAUUGAUUCACAUUUCAUUCAUGAUUUUAUUUCAUUACUUACAUUUAUAUUCGACCUUACCUCCAAUAAGCUCAAGGUAGUCUCCUCUUUGCUAUUUUAUCUUCACAACAACUUUGUGAGAUAUAUAAUUUUUAAAAUUCAAGGUUAUGAAUAGGCAAUUGUGGCCCAUCAGUAUAUUUUGAACUAAUUCCUGCAGAACCAUUUGUCUUCACUUGGGAUGAUGAGACAUAUUGACAAAAAACAUCUUGAGAUUACAGAUGUCAGCUCUUGGUUUAGAUUGGGAACAUUGGGACAAGUCACUCGUGGUAUUGUUCCUCCUAUUGUUCCUAUAAAACCAGGAGUUAAAAAACGUGGUUUGAACAAGCUACAACUUUUUAUAUUCAGAUGCAACAGCAAGCUGGAAUUUUGAAAAUGAGUAUUUGAAUCUUUAAUUUUCAUUGCCUUAUGAAUGCAGUGUGAAGAAUUUGAAUAUUCACUCCUAAAUACCAUGUUGGUGCAUUCCAGUUAUACCCAGCUUAGUUAGGCUGCUGGUCCAUUUAACUCAGAAAUGUUUAUUCUGCUUGUGGUUUGUUAACGUCUCAGCAGAAAUGUCAUUCUCAUUCCCACUGCCUCUGCUUUAAAUAGGAGAUGACAGGGAUUGAGUCUGGGAUCUUGUGUAUGCAAAGCAUGUGUCCUAGCUUUCAUAUUUUCUCUCUCUCUCCCUCUUUUUGCCUUAUUGAAAGGUUUUUCUGCCUUUUCAUGGAAUUGAUGUGCACAAUAUACCCUGUAUUCUGUCCUCUGUUUAGAAUAAAUUUCUUUCUCAUCAGUUAAUAAAAUCAUGGUGUUUUAAGCUGUUGAUUAAGUCCAUCUUUUGAUAGCUUUCUCUCUGUUGGUUUCAAAAGAGAGAUGUAAUUAACAGCUUAAAAUAUCAUGCCAAGUUCACUGCAGAUGGAGGCUGCAAGUCCCGUAUGUUAACUCUCAAAGCUUACAAUUAAGUGCUCUUAAUAGAUUCUCAGCAUUGUUUCAUUGCCAGAUCAUGCAAAUGCAUUGUUUCCAAAAAGGUAAAAUGGGUAUUUUUGUAUUCUGUAAUAUCAAGUUAUAUUUCAGAUGUAAUUUUUAUUUGAAAAGUUCUGUAAUUUAUAAACUGUUUGAUACAAAUAUUUAAAAUUUCACUGUAUGUAUAUUUAAUGUUUAAAAUUGUUUGUACAGACAUGGAUUACUACUGCACUUUCUUAAUCCCAGUGGGGUAAAAACAGCAGCUAUAAUGACCAUUUGCCACUAGCAAAUGUGAUGUAUUUCUUUGUAUUUUCUUAAUUUAAUAGCUUUUGGUUGAUCUUAUCAGUGUUACUGAGGAGUCAGGGAUCAUACACAUUAUCAGAUGACAACUGUUGAUAAUUUCAGGUGCUUUUCACAUCUAAGCUUUACUCUAGAAGUCACUUGUUCUAGGGUAGUGGUUCUCAACCUGUGGGUUCCCAGAUGUUUUGGCUUUCAACUCCCAAGAAAUCCUAACAGCUGGUAAACUGGCUGGGAUUUUUGGGAGUUGUAGGCCAAAACACCUGGGGACCCACAGGUUGAGAACCUCUGUUCUAGGGCAUUCUUUCCUAAGUCAGUCUGUAAAGCCCAGAAAGAAAAUCACAAGGCUCUGGCAUGUGAAAGAAUGAUCUACAGUUAGCAAUACAGAUCUUCAAGAUGUGGCUUUGGGAGGAAAAUAACCAAAUGUAGCUGGUAUUGUGGAAGAAUAUGCAAGGGACCAAAGAGAUUUGUUAUGCGUAUUUAUGCAAUUAUUCAACAGACGUUUUAUCAUACUAUAAAUGUUGCAAAUCUGUAAGUGCUCUUAUACAUUUCUGCAGAACAACCUCUUCUCAACAAAUACUUACAGGCCCAUGUUACAAUUAUUUUAUACUGUACAACAGGCAUUGCUUUUGAACAUUAUGAGUUUUUUUUUUUACAAAAAAUAAACACAUUUCUAAGAAAA